GGCUUGGACCUCCAAUCUGGUGCCAGGUUCAUGCGUCCCUCCAGAAGAAGCCCUCUCGACACCGGCGAGCCGCUCUCCUCUGGCCAGUGAUUGGCCGGGCCGCGGCAUGUACGGCUCCGUCUCCUCAAGAUUGGUCAGCGGUCCGUAGGCUCACGACCCUCCUGUCCGCCCCGCACGGGCUUCCCGUGGGCGGCGGGGCCGCGGCUUCCGCGGGAGUGGGCCCCGCCCCUAAGUGACGGCCCGGCCGGGAAUUGGCGGCAGCGUGCAGCCAUUUCCGGUUUCGGGGAGGUGGGUGGGGUGCGGAACGGGACUUGGAGCCGCCGUCGCCUUGGCCGCUGCUAACAGAGCCUCCCUUGCGCCUGGUGCUGCCGGGACCAUGCGGCCGGGACCCGGAGGCUGCUGCUGCCGUCGCCCAGUGGGGGCGAACGGCUGCGUGGCGAACGGGGAAAUGCGGAACGGGUAUGUGAGGAGCAGCGCCGCAGCCGCCGCGGGCCAGGCUCCUGCUUCAUGCCCUGGAGAUGGUUGCUUCCUCUUAGAGUCCCGAAGCCUUUCGAGGAAAAUCAUCUUGGGGUCCUCAGGAGGCAAAAUUCAUCAUGUUACACAAAAUGGAGGACUGUAUAAAAGACCAUUUAACGAAGCUUUUGAAGAAACACCAAUGCUGGUUGCUGUGCUAACUUACGUGGGUUAUGGUGUACUAACCCUCUUUGGAUAUCUUCGAGAUUUCUUGAGGCAUUGGAGAAUUGAAAAGUGUCACCAUGCAACAGAAAGAGAAGAACAGAAGGACUUUGUGUCAUUGUAUCAGGAUUUCGAAAACUUCUAUACAAGGAACCUCUACAUGAGGAUUAGAGACAACUGGAAUCGACCCAUCUGUAGUGUGCCUGGAGCCAGGGUGGACAUCAUGGAGAGGCAGUCUCAUGAUUACAACUGGUCGUUCAAGUACACGGGGAAUACAAUUAAAGGUGUUAUAAAUAUGGGUUCCUACAACUAUCUUGGAUUUGCACGGAAUACUGGAUCAUGCCAGGAAGCAGCGGCCAGAGUCCUAGAAGAGUACGGGGUUGGCGUGUGCAGCACUCGGCAGGAAAUCGGGAACCUGGACAAGCAUGAAGAACUAGAGAAGCUUGUGGCAAGUUUCUUGGGAGUAGAAGCUGCUAUGGCCUAUGGCAUGGGAUUUGCGACAAAUUCAAUGAACAUUCCUGCUCUUGUUAGCAAAGGCUGCCUGAUUCUGAGUGAUGAACUUAACCACGCAUCGCUGGUUUUGGGAGCCAGACUCUCAGGAGCAACCAUUCGAGUCUUCAAACACAACAAUAUGCAAAGCCUUGAGAAGCUAUUGAAAGAUGCCAUUGUGUAUGGUCAGCCUCGGACACGAAGGCCCUGGAAGAAGAUUCUAAUCCUUGUGGAGGGAAUAUAUAGCAUGGAGGGUUCUAUUGUUCGCCUUCCGGAAGUGAUUGCCCUUAAGAAGAAAUACAAGGCCUACCUGUAUCUAGAUGAAGCUCACAGCAUUGGGGCCCUGGGCCCUACCGGUCGGGGUGUGGUAGAUUACUUUGGCCUGAACCCUGAGGAUGUGGACGUUAUGAUGGGAACAUUCACCAAGAGCUUUGGUGCUUCUGGAGGAUACAUUGGAGGCAAGAAGGAGCUGAUAGACUAUCUGCGAACACAUUCUCACAGUGCGGUGUACGCCACGUCACUGUCACCACCCGUUGUGGAGCAGAUCAUCACCGCCAUGCAGUGCAUCAUGGGGAAGGACGGCACCACCCUCGGCAAAGAGUGUAUACAGCAGUUAGCUGAAAACACCAGGUAUUUCAGGAGACGUCUGAAAGAGAUGGGCUUCAUCAUCUAUGGAAAUGAAGAUUCUCCAGUGGUGCCUUUGAUGCUCUACAUGCCGGCCAAAAUUGGCGCCUUUGGACGGGAGAUGCUGAAGCGGGAUGUCGGCGUAGUUGUGGUGGGGUUUCCCGCUACCCCGAUUAUCGAGUCCAGAGCCAGGUUUUGCCUGUCGGCAGCUCAUACCAAAGAAAUUCUUGAUACUGCUUUAAAGGAGAUAGAUGAAGUUGGGGACCUGUUACAGCUGAAGUAUUCCCGUCAUCGGUUGGUACCUCUACUGGACAGGCCCUUUGACGAGACUACAUAUGAAGAAACAGAAGACUGAGCCUUUUUGGUGCUCCCUUAGAGGAACUCUCCCUCACCCAGGACAGUGUGUGUCUUUCUGAGCCAAUUCCGGGAACCGCGCUUCCGUGGCCGUCAUGUGAAAGACAUUUCCUCAACUACUGAUGGUGUCCACCUCCACUCUCAACGGCAUUUUGUAAAUAGGAAAAACUGCUUCACAUCUUUUCUUUACUACAUUUCACCUUUUUUAAAAAAAGGUGACUCACUUUGCUUUUUUGUCCAUUAAAACAAAUGUUUUAUUUUAUAAUUAUUCUACUUGUGAAAUCACAGCGACCCUAGCCUGCUGCUAACCACACAGCCCCUGCCCUCCCCCAGCCACCGCGCAGACAUGGGCCCGUCCGAAGCGCCUGCUGGCCCCGGCACUACAGCCUCAAAACUCACCUGGCCCACCUCCCCUAGGGAGCAAGUGCCUUCCACUUACUUCCGCUCCAGAGCUGAGGUUGCCCACCUUGGAAUCCUUAUUUAACCAGUCAAGUAAUCAACCAAAGUGUUCUCCUUUUAGUCUAAAGUUUAGCCUUUGAAGAAAGACAGUAAAUGCGAACACUGCUGAAAUUCCCCCUCGUUGUAUAACUCCCUCUGUUCAGGAGCCUCCCAAGGCUUGGUCUUGUUCCAUUUUGUUCUGGUCACCAGACGGUUUCUUCCUUCAUCAUCAACUAUUUCUUCAUGCUGGUCACCAUCUGAGGGUGUGUCCGGUUUCUGGUUCUUCCCAAGCUCUAACUUAAUACUCCUGCCCCCUGUUUAGACACUUCAGUGGUUUUAAAAGUACCCACAUCUCCCCCUGGUCAGACCUCCAUGUGAAGCUGACUCACACGUCAAUUCUGCGUACAAAGCUGCUGGCUGGAGUGUGUGCAGCCCUGCUGGAGUGAGGACCGGGCAGCAUGGGAGGAAUGGAUCACUACUUGCAGCACAUCUGUGGUUUGCUUCUUACUGCUUUCUGCUUUUCAAAAUGAUGACGGCCUCUGCCUGGGUCUGGGUCCAGAUUCGGAUUUAAACUGAUAAAGGAAAACGUUGGUAAAUCCUCCGCUCAGAAAUCAUUUGUCAUGUUCCUACUUUAGGAUUAAAGUUAUUAACUUAGCCUUUUUAGAAGCCGACCCAUUUAAAUGUUAGUCUUCUAGUGCUGGUUCUCUUUAUUGCUGAUGUCCUAAGACAAUUCUAACCUGACAUCAGGGGCGUGGGGCUCCCUUGCCUUCAAUUACCUUUUUUUUUUUAAGAAAUUCUGAACACAUUUUUUUGGCUGAACUGUGAUCCUGUAUUUUGACUUUGUUUUCAUACCAGGUAAGGGGACUUCUUUCAGAGAGCUUUAUACUGCUUGACCAAAGAACAAAUCUGAAAAUCACCAUGUUUAAAGUUCUUACUUUUUUUUUCUGUUGACCAAAGCGAAAACUUUGACUCUGUUAUUCUCAAGAUCUGCUUGUCUUUUAGUAGCCAUCAGGUAUUAUAGGGGAGAAUUGGCAACAGAAUGGAAAAGAAUUGAAAUAGUUUUGCAUAUCUCUGUUUUUGAAAUCACUCCUUUUAUUGGUAAGAAUUGUCGGUCCAGAUUCUCUUAGGUUUGGGGGCAUCUUGUCAUUGGCUGUGGUGUGUUGGUAUAGAUACAUGGAGUGGAAGAUGCAAGCAUUAUUGUUUGUGAAGUUUUGUUGUCAUGUCUUAAGUUAUCUUUGGUCAUUCUCAGCAUAUGAGAGCCUUACUCCCUUGAAAUAUUCCAGAGUUUUGUGUGAAGAGCCACGUAGAUAUGCAGGGACUACGUUUAGCAUGGACAAGUUGCACUAAGGAAGAAAUUGUGGUCACUGGUCCUGUAAAAUGAAGAACAUUGCAGACCUUUCUUGAACACCUAGUUCCUCACCGUAGAACCCCAUUAGAAUGCCAGGGAGCUUGCACACUGCAGUUACUCCUUAAUGAUGUAGAGUUUGCAAACGUCACAAACUUUAAGCAAUGAACUCGACCACUAGUCUUUUUAUUUGGGCUUGCAUGAAUCAUUGCCAUAUAAAAAUACUAGUUAGUAUUUUUAAAAAGUAAUAGUAUCACUUUGCUGGCGCAGUUAUUUCAGGAUAAAUGCAGUUAAAUUACAAGUUUAUUUUGAAGAGACAAAACUCCUGUGAUCUAUCCAGGACCUCUACCCUCUAGAGGACAAAACAUACACAUGCUGGCUGUCUUUCUUAAAACUGUAACAUGAAUCUAAGGUCCAUUCAUAUCACAAGUAUCAUCAUUUAACUAAGCACUUAGGGAAAUACAAGUGUUUAUAAUUACAGUCAUUGGUAAUGAGUGGAAAUCUGGGAUAGGUAAGGAUAGUUUAAUACAUGGUUUGACACAGCCUGAUUCAAGAAUCUGAUGGGAUUCAAAUAGGUAUCAGCUAACCAUUACUACCAGAGCUGAUAACCAGGGUCAAUCAGUAGAAGUGUGACUAAUCCUUACCACUUCUCGUCCCUCAUUUUAUUUAGCAUUGCCCUUUUCCAUUGCAGGUUUAUAAAAGACCUUUUUCUGCAGAUCACAUCAGAAACCAGGACAUUUAUAACUAGGGGACAUCAGAAGCACACACAACAGAUCAAGUCAGUCGCAGGCUGUCCUCCCACCUUUAUUUGGAAAGCUUUAACCUAGAAUAUGGUAUACAUUCCAGAGUAAGUAAAUAUUUAAAGAAAAUGUUCAGGGGCUUUGGAGCACUUUAACUUUUUGCUUUGCUUUGGAAAUUUUCUUCUUUUUAAAAAGCAUUCUAGUCUCUAGAACCCCAAAGUACUGCUUGCUUGUUUGAACAACUUUGCAUCUUCCUCCUUUAGUCACUAUCUUAAACUUCCAUAUAGGGAGAGGAUUUCAGAUGGUCAAAACAUGCUUCUUCCUGUGGUCUUGUAAGGGGAACAGAAAUAUCCUAUACAACUACUGAGGGCUGUGUGUUGGCCUAAUGCCCUUUCAGAGGCCAAGGAAUUGAAUAUUCUUCCACCAGUUAUUUGUCUCUCUAAUUCCUCCCUCCUGUAUUUGGCCUUUCUUUCUGUACCUAACAGUUGCUUGAUUUUUAGAAUUCCAACUCCAGAGA